AUGACGCUUGCAUUAAAGGAUGAUGGUCCUCAUCGCAUGACUAUAUUUAGGUGGUACAGAGAAUUCCAAAGGGGCAAUUUCACUGUGGAGGACGCUGAGAGGAAAGGAAGGUCGCGAACAUAUAGGACAGAAACCUGUGAUAAUGAACAAGUAGUUAUCGAAGGCCACCCUUCAAUAUCGAGAUUCAAAAAAUUUAAAGGAAAAAUUAUGGAAACCUAUUUAGCUAUAGGGAGGUCUAAUCUGUUAAGACUUGUGGACAAAACGCAGGUUAAUAAUUUUAAUGUAGCUUUUGCUAAAUACAAGGUUGGUAUGAAAUCGUCGGAUAUAUUGGGACCUAAGCACACCAUAGCUCUACCACCUAGGCUGAAACCUUUCUAUUUCUCCCUAUUGGCACCAAACCAAUGGUACCUCGUCACUGCAUCCUUACCAUACUGUUUCGUCCUCACUGGUAUUGGAGGCGUGGUGGCUCCUUCUCCUCUCUGCGACCUAGCAGCUAACCAUACUCUUACCUGUUUCACCUGUGGUGACAAACACUGGUGCACUUGGUGGCCCCCUACCAAUAUUAUUGACAGCGAUAACAUACAUCUCAUACUCAGUGUAUGGACUCAGGUUCCUGACAGAAUAGUACAUGUUCCUGAUACAGAAGGUUGA